GAUAUGAAAAAUUUACUUAAGAUUUAAUUCAAACUAUAAAUGAAAAUGGACAAAAGAUUGAAUACUUUAGCGUGACCAUAAAAAAAUAUCACUUGGACUAAUUUUAUGUAGUAGGUAACUUAACUAAAUACUAUUGCAUCAAUCAUUAUGCUUAUGCUUAUGCAAUCAUUAUGCAAAAAAAGAAUAAACGAAUUGCUUUUCUUUUAAUACUCAAGUUAUCAAUCUAAUGUGACUUUUACCAAUAGAUUUUUCGAUUUUUCCUACGGAAAUAGUCCACGUAAGCUGCGCAAGGGUUAUAUAAACAUAGGAAAGGUUUUACAAAUUUGUUCCGCGAAUCGGAACUGAUUUAUGCGAGUAUGUCGUACGGGUAAUAUCUGGUAUUAUAUCAACUUUAUCAAUGAAAAACGUAUCCAUCCUGUACAAAAUUGAUCGUAUAUUUUUCUCACGAAAUUAUAAAAAUUAUCUUCACAUAACGUUUCGUUUUAUAUUAGUAGGUACUCAAAAUAUUGCAGCUAUGCCGUUAAUUCCGCAUACGAACCAUAAUGUAUUAUUAAUUACCGCCCGCGAGUGGCGCCGGGACUAAAUUGUACUUGUAACGCGCGCAUGAAUCCCGCCCUGAUUACAUCGCACAUAAAACUUCACACAAGUUGGGUGACAACAAGGCAUCAAAUAAAAUCAUCGCGAGUAUGCGCUCUAAUAUAUUACAUUAUGUGAAGUUGAGGAACACGGUGGAAAGCGACGCAGCGCUGUCGUGUAGACACGGCUACGGCCGCUCGGCCCGUAGUACUGCGCUGCUCACUGUUCAGUCGGCAAGAAGCGCUCGACGCGACACGUCACCGCCCAGCGCGGCCGCUCACCCGACGCGAUCGGCGGGAAACUUCUACAUAAACACACCGACAUUAUUCCGUAUUUUCCAAACACGAACUUAGUAUCUCCGCGAUCGCAGCCGUCUAUGAAGUUCGGCGCACAAGUUCUGAUGCACGUUCUGCCCGUGCCGACACCGCCAGGGCCACCUUCUCGCGUGAUGUAACGACUUUGCCCCAUUUACUAAUGCGAUUGUUUCUUCGUAAGCCUGACUUAUCGCCACCGUCAACCACAUGAUAAACUCCGUGAUUAACUUUGUUCGUGAAGUGGCACAUCAGUAACUUACGAGCGCCUGACAAAGUUUAAUUGUUCCAGUGAAUAUUUAAUUCGCAGUGUGCUCGGUGGUUUCCAUUACUCUUUGUUAAAUAAAAAGUUUGAUAAGAAAUAUUAAAGAAAGUACAAGCGUGAAGUUUAAAAAGUUUGCGGUAAAUAUUAUAUAAGACGACUACAAUUUAUCAGAGUGGUUAGUUUGGUAUUAUUGAGCGCGCUGCACUUUAAUGCAUAAGGAACGCGACGACAUUGUAGUGCGGUGGUGAGUCACGUACGUGUGUGGGCUCGAACAGGGCUAUUAGCGUCCUUACGGCUACUGUAUACCGGGUAAUAAAACGGGAAAGUAUCGGCGUUUGUGAAAGUAUACGUUGGAUUUGAUGUGCUGAGUGUCGGGGGGUAGAUUGGGGUCAGGUGUGUGGGGUGUGGCAGCGGAUGGUGUGCGAUGGUGGCGCCAUGCUGUGCCUGGAGUCCCUGAUGGCGCGCUGGCGCGAGCGCAGCGACCGGGAGGGGGAGAGGCGCGCGCGCUCGCGCAGCCUCUGCUCCUCGGGGGCCGACGGCAGCCUGCUGCAGCUCCUGCAUAGGAGGGCCAGCAGUGCUAUAUCGUCGGCAAGCGAGUUAAUAUCGAGGCGUGGGGUGUUCUCUAGAAGGCAGUAUGGAUCCGUUGAACAACUAUCCGCGUCCGGCGACCCUGGUGCGUUGGACGCGGUCGCCCGUCGCUACCGCCUCGAGAACGGCAACUCGCUCGGGGAAAAGGACGAGUUAUUCGGGCCGCCGAGUGCGCCUGUUCUCGAAAACCCCGAAUUCCAAACACGAUGGUACUUCAAAUAUUUUCUCGGAAAAAUGCAUCAAAAUUACAUUGGAGUGGAUGGAUCGAGAGAGCCAUACUUACUAAGUGUGGUACAAGAAGGUGGAGCGGGACUUUUACGAUCCAUACUCUUUAAUAAAAUGGGCGCUCACAAGAUCUACUUGCCACCAAGCGCUUGGAACAGCGGCGGUGGUCAAGCCCCUACUAGACCUACAGUUAAGCAAAUUCUUGGACAAUUCCCUUCAAUGGAACGAGUAGACAAAGUACCCAGAGAGAUAACUUGUGCCGAAUUACAAAAAGACGUUUUACUGCUCGAAGAACAGGAAGGAUCUGUAAAUUUUAAAAUAGGAGUAAUGCUAAUGAAACCUGGCCAAAAGACUGACGACGAGAUGCUCUCUAAUGAGAAAGGCGACGAGAAAUGGGAAAGAUUUAUUUCACUUUUGGGAGAUAAAAUUCGAUUACGAGGCUGGAACCGUUUUCGAGGCGGGUUGGACGUCAAAGGUGACAUGACUGGAAGCCAUUCUAUUUACACGAUGCAUCAAGGACACGAAAUUAUGUUUCAUGUCUCUACAAUGUUGCCGUUUUCGAAGGAUAAUAAGCAACAGCUGGAGAGAAAACGCCACAUUGGCAACGAUAUCGUCAACAUUGUGUUCACAGACGAUUCCGUGCACAACACUUUUAACCCGCAGUGCGUCAAAAGUCAUUUUACUCACAUAUUUGCAGUAGUGUCUGAAGUAGAGGAAGGAUAUAAGCUCAGCGUGUACAGUGACGACAGCGUACCACCAUUCGGUCCUUCAUUGCCCUGUCCGCCGAUCUUCAACGAUCCGCAACUAUUUAGGGAGUUUUUAUUGGUAAAGUUAAUGAAUGGAGAGAAAGCAGCCUUCCAGACGCCUACAUUUGCCCUAAAACGACAGAGGACACUCGAUACACUUAUAAGGGACAUUUACGCUGAACAUUGCUCCGACCACAAGGUGCCGAUGCUAUCACGUCGUGCGUUAUCUGAUGUAUGGUCGGGCGGCGCGGGCGCGGGGGGUGCGGGCGCGGCGAGGACGGAACACUUCCUACAUGUCGGACAAGCACUAAAACUAGACGCAGUACUGCGGGGCGAUGCUCCUACCAGCCUUGUUUCAUCAGGAUGUGGAGGUUCACGUCGAGCUCCUUGGGAAGGGAAAGUGUGGCGCGCAGCACCACUGCCAGCGACUCCUGUGUGUGCGGAACAACUUGCUGAAGGACGACUCUUGUUAUCAACUACUUCUAACACGUACAUUCUAGAAGAAAGCGGUACAACUCGCGUAGUCCUGCGCUGGGAGGGCUGCGUGCGCGCGGCGCGGGUGUCGGAGCGCGCGGGGCUGUUCCGCGUGGGCGCGCGGCUGGCGGCGGGCGGCGGCUCCACCACGUCGGGCGCGGGCGGCGCGGGGCUGUACGCGCUGCCCCUACACGAGCUGUGCGCCGGCGCCUGGGCCAUGCGCCCGCUGCAGGACUGCAAGCAUGCCCGCCUGCCCCGGACCAAGACUGCGCACUACUUUGAUCUGCUUGAAACAGGUGAAGGAGGUAAAACAACACUAGCGGUAGCAAUUGGUAGAAGGGUAAUGCUUAUGAUCGAAGAAUCAAAGACUGACAACGAGAUGGGUUUCGAAUACACACAUAUCAAAGAUAUACAGCUAAGCGAAUCUCCAAUACUGAUCAAACUAAUGGAUGGCGAAGUAGGAAUAAUGGUAGUCGGAUACAAACACCAUUGGGAAGUUCUAGAGUCAGGCACGGGGCAGUCAGUGAAACGGGCAGAAAACUCAGAAGACAGCGGACCUCGUCGAGGUACUCUCGUCAAUGCGCUACGUAUUGGAGACGAGAGAGAUGGACAAAUAGUUUUAUGCUACAAUCAUACAUGCCAUUUUGAAAGACUAACAAGUAAAGGUUUGGAAAGUGAUGGUGAAUAUGAUUUUCAUUGGACAACUGUGCCUGCAGCAGUAGUGUGCGCGUUCCCCUACAUAAUGGCCUUUGCCGAAGAUUUAUUAGAAAUACGACUAGUUGCUAAUGGAUCCCUAGUACAUGCGGCCUGCAUACCCGGACUGAAACUUCUUUGCGGGCGAAGAGAUAUAUUCUACGUGGCAUGUGCACCUGAAUACGUGCCUUUAAGUCGAGAGAUAGAUCCGUGUCUCAGCUUACACGACGAGCUCGUCCGACAGAUGAGCAAGCAAUGCGGACCUUACUCCGUGGACGAAGAUGAUAACCAUGACAGGGGAGAUCCUUACAACAUUAACCGCGCUGCUCCAUCUGAAAACAACUCAGCAUCCAGCAGAAGCAGUUCCAUAUCUUCGGAACAAGAGAAUAUUAGACCACCACUACAGCGAAUGGCACCGAUCUCACCGCCGAGUUCGCCCCAAGUGUUACCAGAAAACAGUGGCCGAUGUGUGCGGAUCUACAAGAUCCCUCAAAGCAAUCUAAGCGCAGGCGCAUACCAGCGGCAAUCCGUUUCGGCUGACCAAGUGGUCACAUCCUACUUUUCCGAUAGGCCAAACAGCAUGCGGCAGCGACUAGCAGAACUGAGACUGGACAGCAAGUCGAGAGGCGGAGGCGAAGAGGAAACCUUAUAAGUGAUACGCCGACAACCAGACACUACUUAGGUUGUUAUCGAAUACGGAACCAGGUGCACAAUUUUAAAAUAUUAGUAGCUAGGUAUAUACAACCGUACCUAUAGGUAUUGAGUGUUGACCUAUAGUUGUUUGAACACGGCAUCAUUUUGAAUACUGCAAACAUUAAAUUAAUAUUGUCGUCGAUAGUCUUAGGAACACUCUAGAAACCUCGUUUAAAAUGUAUGCCGUGUUCGCUCAUGUUAAGAUGUCUAUUUAAUAAUAUAUAAACUUAUUUUAAAACAAGUAGACGUUGUUAUACGUAGAUCUAGAACGAGUAGAUACUUUUGAAUGGCAAAGAUGUGAUAUAACAAAUAUGGGUGAUGAGUAGUAAACAAAACUAUAUUUCAUAGAGUGAUUAAACAGAUUAGAAUGGAGCUAUUUUACGUUGACUAUUAAAAUAUUUUAUUAUUGUUGCAAUAUUGAAGAUUUAUCCGAAAAUAAUCCUAUCUGUUGUAUAAAGUAUGUGUAUAAAUAAGUAGGUACAUCUUAUAACUACUACUACAAUAAAAAUAUACUUAUUUUAAAGUCUAUAAUUACUACUUAACUGAAUUGCUGUGCACAAAUAUAUGCUCAAUAUAAAAAAAUACAUAUAUUUAAAACAAAAUUAACUAAAAAUUACAGUUAUGAUGUAGUUUGUCGUUCGGUGUUAAAUACUUAUUGGAUAAGAAAUUUUAUGACUUAAAAACAAUUUUUACAACAAAAUAUAUACAAUGUACAGUGUAACUACAGAUAUCUAUGUAAUUCAAACUAAUUAUAAAUGUAUCUAAUAAAAUACUGAAUCUCAUAUUUAAUGUAAUAUUCUAGUCACUUGACUUGUGCAACAUGUAAGACAAAAAAGUGAUGUAAAAUAGUUCUCUUUAGGAUUAAACGAAUUAUAAAGAAAUGAGUAUAAUAUUAUCUCUCGAAAGUCUUUUUGACACCAGAAAAGAAGUGCCAUCCAAUUAUUUGGUUAUCUUUCUAGACUUAAUAGUAUAAAACUGUAAUAUUUUGCGAUGCAAGAGAAUUGAAAUAUUAUUUAAGUGUUGAUACAACUAAAUCUUCAAUGUACAUAAAAUAUUAGUUGUAAAGUAAACAUUUCAUGUGUACUAAUAAUGUUACCUACCUACUACUUACUUGUAUUACAGAUAUUCAAGUAGCGUGUUGAAUGUUUCGAUGUUGUGUGACUAUGUGUAUUACUAACCAAAGAAAAGAACCAAACUGAUAGAAGUAAGGCUACCACAUAAGAAGUAUAAUAAAUUGCUGAUAAAGUAAGAGAAUUGAAAAUAUGUAUGUAUGAAAUAUGAAUAGAACCUAUAUGUAGUUAUGAUAUAAAGUUUUGUCCAAUUGAAAUUGAAGUAUAACAUAAAAAUGAAGUUUAUUUAGGAAGUAAGCUUUUCGGUAUGGUAUGAUAGGACAUUUGUAGCGAAAGUAUUCAACAUAGGGUGUUGUUUUAACAGUUUCUUUGUGUUUUGUAGAUACUAGUACCUACUCAAUGUAAAUAUGAGUGUCGAAUUUCCCCCAUAUAAUGUUGCGCUGCUCGAUAUAUCCACUGUGUGAUAUAAAAAGGCAGUCAAGGGGAAAUACUAGAAUAUAAUUCAUCAUGGAUGUAAAUAGAAUGUAAUAUGUGUAUUAAACAGUUUUUAAUAUCAUAUCCGAAAAUUAUGGAAAAGUACAAUUGUCAGUGAGAGAUAUAUGAAUACCUCCAAAUAAAUAAAUUAUAUUGAUGUUAUAGUAGUUCACAGGUUUAUUAAAUAUCUAUGUAUAUUUUUAAAGAGAAUAUAAAGAGCCACAUGUAUAUUAGUAAAAAAUGCAUACUAUGUAUUAAAUAAGACAUGCAACAAAAUGCAAAUCGUUCUAGUCUCAGAAGUUACUCAGUAUUUAUUAUUCAAAUGCAUUUUUUGCUAAUCUAGAUAUGGAAUAAUUUU